AAACCAAAAAAGAAAAAAAAAACAAAAACGAAAAUUAAAGUCAAAUACCUGUUAGUCUGUAGAAGAAGAUUCAUGCUUCUUCAUAAAUUCCAGGUUUUUGUGAAAUCCUUAGGACCACAAUUAGAUUGGGUUUGGAAUUGAAAAAUGGAUCAUAAUCAUCAAUGGCGUAUGAGACUCUCCUUCAAGAACGCCACAAUUGCUCUCACUAUCGUCAACGUUCUCAUCUUCCUCUUCCUCCUUCAGGGAUUUUUCACUUCAUCAUCUUCAUCAUCUUCUUCCUCUCGCCGACUCGUUUCAGCUCAGCUUCGGUAUAUCAAGGAAGUCGAAGAGAUUAGGCUCGCGAUGCAACCUUUAGAGCUCAUCAAAAGAGUCCGAGAAAUCGAGCAGGAGGUAUCUGCAGGGCAAGAAACCGAGCAGCAGAAAGACGUGAAGCAGAAUACAGCUGUUGAUCUCUCUAAACGGCUCAAGGAUUUCCGCGCACUGAACGAUGCAUCGAGCUUGAAAGCAUUGGAAGAAUGGAGAAAGCGGAAAAUGGAACGAGCAAGACAACGGGAUCUUGAGAAAAUUGGAGGAGCUUCAUCCAAAACAUCAUAAGACACUAAGGUCUGAAAAGAUCUGUUUAUCAUGGCUGCUGCUAUAUAAAAUUAUUUUAACAUUAUAAUAUAGUCUCUGAAAAUAUUCAUUUAGUGUAAUACACAGACAAAUUGCUUGAAA